GCUUCCACAAACCUUGGUGACCAUCCUCAAGACUCUCGAUACCGGCCGGUUCAACGACAAAAAUGGGCUCAACAAGACUCUACAGCAAGGGACGUGUCCUCGGCCACAAGCGCGCCAAGCGCAACACCCGCCCUAACACUUCGCUCAUCCAAAUCGAGGGUGUAGCUACCAAGGAGGAUGCCCAAUUCUACCUCGGCAAGCGUGUUGCAUACGUUUACCGGGCGAAGAAGGAGAUUCACGGUUCCAAAGUCCGGGUGAUCUGGGGCCGUGUCACCCGCCCUCACGGUGGCUCUGGUGUGGUCAAGUCAAAAUUCACCUCCAACCUGCCACCACACGCAUUUGGUGCCAGCGUUCGUGUGAUGUUGUACCCCUCCAACGUCUAGUCUACUCGCAUGUUUUUGGCAUUUCCUCUUCCUCUACCGUACUUGCAAUAUGACAUGCUUCCAUGACCUGCAUG